AUGUCGGCUUCGACCUCGCUAUAUCCAACUCGAAAACCGCUUCCAGCACCAACGGGUCUUACAGAAUUCGAGAUCCUAAAGGCAUCGCAUAAAUUUCUUCGCGAACAAGAAGAGGCUGAAGGUCAAGGUUGGGAUGAUAGACUCGCCGCGAAAUACUAUUCUAGUCUUUAUCGCGAAUUCGCAGUCUGUGAUCUGAAACAUUACAAGUCAGGCGAGUUCGCCCUGCGAUGGAGGACGGAAGAAGAAGUGCUUUCUGGAGCAGGAGAGACCACAUGUGGGAACACACGAUGCAAGGACCACGAAUUAUCCACAAGUUCGCGCAACUUCGAUCGCGAUGAAAAGCAAAGUAAAGCGCUGACUACGCUGGAGCUUCCUUUUGCCUAUGUAGAACACGGGGAGAACAAAUCCGCUCUGGUAAAGGUCGUGUUAUGCGACAAGUGUUUGAAGAAGUUGAUGUGGAAGCGACGGAAGGCAAAGGAACAAGAGACCAAGACUGAGAAGGAGAUAGAGGAACCAGUAACGAGCAAAGUCUGCCUCGAUGGGACAGAAGCCACGGGUCAAGAGGGCACUCGACCUAGAAAGGAUCGGUACCGCAGGGAUCUCGACCGCGAAAGAAAACACAGGGAUCGCUCACGUUCCUUUUCGCCACAUCGCAGUUCCCAUUCUCAGUCAUCACGGCGACGUGAGGCUGAACGUCCAAGCUGUGCUUGA